CACCGUAUAUGGGCAGAGAGACGUUAGAGAGCUAUUUCAGCGGGUAGGGAGCUGGGACGUAGGGACUAGGAGGCGCGUUUUGCUUCAGCAAGUUCACAAUACUCCUUGAAAAAUUGAGGGAUAGGUCGGUGUUUUGACUCGGAGAAUAAAGAAUCGCCAUGCUUAUCACCAGAUUUAUUAUCUUAGCGAGCGUUUUCUAGGGUCCGAGCACUGUCAGCUCGUAUUCGGAGUUGACGUUUUCGAUCCUGUCCAUAGUUCAGCCUUUCUUCUGCUACUACCAGCUGCGUUCGCCUUUCUUUCCGUCGUCGGCGCACAUUAGUCUUUGCUCCGAUCGCUGCAUUUCUUCCGUCGCCGUCGCCGUCGCCGUAGCGCUCGCAGUCGUCGCCGUCGCCGUCGUCGUAGCCUGUCGCGAUGUUUUUUUCGCAGCUCUUUUUGUCGAAGAAGGGCGCGCUGGGCCCGAUAUGGAUCGCGGCGCAUCUCGAGCGUAAGCUCAGGAAGAACCAGAUCUUCGAAACCGACAUCCCUCAGACCGUCGACACCAUUCUUCACCCCGAGGUGCCCAUCGCGCUGCGACUGUCGGGUCAUCUGCUGCUGGGCGUCGUGCGCAUAUACUCGCGGAAGGUGGGCUAUCUGUACGCGGAUUGCUCCGAUGCGGUGCUGCGCAUGAAGCAGGUGCUGGCGCGGGCAGCAGUGGACCUGCCGCCAGAAGCAGCCACGGCGUCGUUCCACGCGAUCACGCUGCCCGAGCAGUUCGAGCUCGAGGAGCUGCUGGCGCUGCCCGAUGGGGUGUUCGAGCUGCAGCCGGGGGCGGUGGACAAGAGUCUGACGACCAGGGAGCAGAUCACCCUGCCUGAGCCGCCACCUGUGGACGAUGGCUACGCGUUCGGCUCGCAGUACCGCCUGGAUGAGCAAUUUGCUUUGGUCGAGGAGGGUGCGGUGAUGCGGCUGGUGGAGGAGGGAGAGGAGGACGGGGAGCCGUGGCUGCCGCACGACGUGGCGGGGGAGGGGCGACAGGCGGGGGAGGCGGGAGGGGACGAGGGGAAGGGGGCGGAGGAGGUGGCAGAGGAGAGGGCGAGGGCACGAGAAGGGGAGGGGAUGGCGGAGGAAGGGGGGGCGGGGGAAGAAGGGGGCAUGGCGGGGUACGAGCCAGAGGCGGGGCUUAUGGAGCCCAUGGCCCUGGACAUGGAGUUUGGGAUGGGGAUGGGUGUGGGUGAUGUGGGCGUGGGUGCAGAGGGAGGCAGAGCGGUGGGGGAUGAGGCAGUGGAGGCGACGCAGGCAGUGGAAGCAGCAGAGGAGGCGGAAGUAGCAGCAGGAAGGGAGGCGGGAGAAUCAGGGGGGGGGGAAGCACCAGCAGCAGCAGCAGCAGCAGCAGCAGCAGCAGCAGCAGUCGAGAGAGAAGCAGGCGCAACCGCAGUAGAGGAGGCAGAGGGAGGAGCAGUGGAAGGGGCGGAGGGCGGGGCGGGUGCAGCACAGGGAGAGGCGGAGGGGGCGGAAGGGGAGGAGGGGAUACCUGAGGUGGAGGUGAGGCGAGCGGAGGCAGUGCCUUUUGACCGUGAGGCCAGGAGCCUAGAUGCCGCUGAAGCUGCUGCUGCUGCUGCUGCUGUGGGGGAACCGGGCAAGGGGGCAGUGCCAGGCACUCCAAGAGCGGAAGUGGUGGAGGAGGAGGGGGGAGAGGAGAGAAGGGGGGGAGAGGAGGGAGGGCGCGUGGGCGGGCUGGCCACCCCUGGCGGAUCCGUGGGGUUUGCCACUCCGUCUGUGGGCAUGCAUGCCAUUCCCACGCCAGACUUUGCUCUCGCGCCCACGCCCACACCAACGCACGAGGAAUGGGCCAGGCCUGAGCAACCCGCUGCAGCUGCCGAGCCUGCUGCGGCUGCCGAACCUGCGGACGAGGCUCGGGCGGGCCUGCCUCCUAGGCCACCGAAGCGAGUGCAGGCAAAGAGGAAACGAGCAGCAGCAGCAGGGGAGGCAGGGACUGUUGUUGACUCGCUGACUGUGAUUCCUUCUGACACCAUCCGCCAGCAGCUAAUCUCCCCUGACGACCUCGUGAGGAAGCGCCGCAGAGCGCCGCACACACCGGUACAGCUGGCGGCGCUGCAUUGGUCCAUGUCGGGUGUGGAGGGCCUGCAGGAGCCGGCUGUAGCUCAUGCUGUAGCGGCUGUAGCGGGUGGGGCAGCAGACGGAGUUGCAGCAGCGGAUGGGUUUGUAGCACAGGGAGCUGUGCUAGGGUCAGUAGCCGGUGCAGAGCUGAGAGGGUCUGCUACAGCCGCUGCUGCUGCUGGUGCCGCUGCUGCUGCUGCUGGUGCCGCUGCUGCUGCUGCUGGUGCCGCUGCUGCUGCUGAAGCCGAAGGGGAGCAUGCAGCGGGUCUGGGACCUUUCCUUGCCCAGUUCUUUUCCGAGGCUCCGCCAAGCCUUCCGAAGAGGCCUGGGGAAAGUGGUAGGAAGCGGAGGAGAGAGGAGGGGAUGGUAGGUGAGGGAGAGGAGGCGAGGGAGGAGGGUGCUGAUUUGGGAAGAGAAGGGGAGGAGGGGAUGGGAGUGGAGAGAAGACGUGGGGAAGAGGAGGUGGAGAGGGAAGUGAGUGCAGGAGGGGUGGAGAGAGGAGUGGAGAUGGAGAGGGGGGAGAGAGGAGGAGUGGGGGACAGAGGAGCGGAGAGGGCGGAGGAGGAGGAGGAGGUAGAGGCGGCCAGGGGGCAGCAGGAAGGGGGGAGAGCAGCAGUGCAAGCAGAGGAAGAAGCUGAGAUCCGUGAACCGAGUAUGGACGCAGCUGCAGGUGCUGCUGCUGGAGCUGAUCAGUUGACGCCUGGUGCUGCUGCAGGGGCAGAAGCUACGGGUGAUGGAGGGGAGGGGGUGGAGUGGGUCCUCCGGCCCCAUGCUGUCCCGGACAGCGCUGGGUCUCCUGGCGUCCCUCCAGUGCCCCCCACGCCCUUCACCCCUGCCUCUCCUGCCGUUGCUCCCUCGCCCUCUGCUGCUAGUGAGGAGGAGGAAGCAGCAGGUGUGGCAGAGGCAGCUGCAGGAGCAGCGGCUGACACUGCUGCUGCUGCUGCUGCUGCUGCCGAUGGUCAUGCUGCUGAUGCUGCUGAUGCUCGUGCUACAGAGGCGGAGUCCUCUCCUGCUGCGGCCCCUCCUGCUGGCGCUACUCCCGCCACUGAGCCGUACUUCCCCCCUGCUGAUGCCGGGUUCAUGGGAGAAGCAGAGGGGGAACCAGAGGAGGGCGCGGAGGAGGAGGCAGAGGGAAGCAGAGGGGAGGCGACAGCAGAGGAGAGGGGGAGGGAGGCCACCCUAGCUGCCCUGCAUGUGUCAGAGGAGAGCUUCUACUUCCUUAGAGACGGGGGGGACAAAGACGUGGACGAUUGGGAUACCUCAGCCGCCGGCAAGCGCAAGCCAGCAACAGCAGGAGAGGGCCCGGCAGAUGACUUCGGCAGCUGGAGCUGGCGCACCAGAGGAGCGGCCAAGUUCCUGCAACACUCACUGACCGCGCUGGCAGAGCAGCAGGCGCUAGCGGGGGAGGGAGGAGGAGCAGCGGCAGCGGCAGCAGGACUGGGGACAGAAGGGAUGGAGGGAUUUUCAGCAGGGGUGGAGUCGGUGCGAUCGCAGCCGUCGGUGUCGCUGCUGGCGGUGGUGAAGGGGCGGCCGAGACGAGAGGCCGCUCGCAUGUUCUUUGAGACUCUGGUGCUGAAGACGAGGGACUACAUCCAAGUGCAGCAGACGGAGCCCUAUGGUGACAUCAGCAUCACCGCACAGACGCCCCUCAUGCAAGCCGCCCUCUGAUUGGUGCGGGGACGCUUCUCACGCGAUCGCAGUGUGGCAUCAUGCUGACCCAAGCUAACCUUAGAUUCUGUGUAUGCUCAUUGUCCACCCUUCGGCAAUGGUGGGCAACACAACAGCUAAUGAUGAUGAGCCCCUAGUAGGCUCUUCAUACUUUUUAUGAGUAGAACACUUGUACGUACUUCAUACGAGUGUAGGAGAAUCGAAAAGUUUAUUCUGGAAAUAGUGUUCGCCCGCUUUAGGCACAAGUCCCAAGCAAUUUU